AUGAAUUCUCUUUCUGUGUGUGUUUCAGGCCUCAUUACUGCGCCCUGGCACUUGUAUGCAUGUCAAGGCCAUGACCUCCGCCGCAUUGGACAGCCAUCAGGCCAUCAGUUGACUGCUGAAAAUGACCACCUCCUCCAUCUCCGUGUCCGACGCGAGGCCCCAAACAUCCAGGGCGAACCAGAUGGUGUCUGGAUCGUGAUCACCUGUCGCACGGUGGAGGCCAACUCUGCCUCCAGCAUUUUUCUUCACUGUCCCGCACGCAGUGGUCCGCGCAGGCGUGAGGGCAAGGACUCGGCCGCCCUGUCGGAGUGCUAUCAGAACUGCGCGCCCAUGGAACCCUGCCGAACAGACACUGAGGAGGCCUGCGUGCCAGACGGACGCAGUAUCAAUUGCAGCCAAAAGCCACAGAUCUCAACGAAGCGCGAGUGUCGAGGUAAGCCGCUGAUCCUUCAUCCCUCUUAUUUGCACUGCGAAGACUCUCUGAAGUCUACGAUCCCCCAGUUAGCAGACGCUUACGUACGGAUUGACACAAGUAUCCGCCAAAAAUUAUACCUCCAAGAUAUCGAUUUUCACUGA